AUGGACCACAUGAAGAGCCCCUUUCCCCUGUCUGAGCAUGACUCAGAUGGAAGACACCAUGCUGCUGCUUCUGUUGUGGCAGAUCCAGAUUCCGAUCAGGAAAGAGAAGUUACCCUGGUCACUGGAAGAAAGGCUGCCCGCUCCUUGAUGUUGUUUCGAGGCGAUGGCCAUAAUCUAGAUGCCUUGAUCAGUGACCAUGAAAAGAGUGCCAAUAGUGCUUCUGGACUGACAACUCCUAAGAGAUCAGCCUCUCGUCGCAAGUCAUCGUUGGUAAACAAGCCAGAUAGCACUCAACCUGCGCUGGAUUCACCUUCGUUGGAACCUGUUUCCUCGGCAACGUAUAUUCCUCAUCAUCCAGUGAAGCUCAAAGAAGGUCGCUUUGAUGACAUUGGCCUGCCCAGCCCAGAUAGAAGUCUCCAGCAUCUCAUGGCCGACGUCGAAUUCGAUCGCGGCUCCGAUGGUGAUAUCACCAGAAUAAAGAAACGUACGCCUGAACGUCGUCCAAGCAAAAGGAAUGCCAAAGUCAACUUUAUAGGGCUUUCUAAUGACACAGAUGCUACGAAUCCCAAUAACCUACACAAUGAGUUUUUGUCCUUGAGCCUCAAUGCAUCUGCUACCACCGACUCGGCAUCCCUUCCUUCAGAUCAUAAUCUCGACGGUGACACCAAUACUAUCGCGUCCAUAAAAUCCAAUGAGGCAUACCCAUUGACUGUGGAGCUACGGCCUUUCAGAAAUAAAGUGGGUGGUCAUACUGCCAUUUUCCGCUUUAGCAAACGUGCCGUCUGUAAAGCACUCAUGAACCGUGAGAAUGUUUGGUACGAGGCUGUGGAGAAGAGGCACCCAGAAUUACUCAAAUUUCUCCCAAAAUACAUUGGCGUGCUUAACGUACGUUAUUCUAGCAUUGUAUCUGAAAACGCCAAUUCCCCACAACUUCGGGUGGCUGAUGAUGAUCCCAGUACGCAAGAUGAAACUGUGAUUCCUGGCUUGGAAGGUUCUGCUGACCAGCGCCAAUGCAAAUCGCUUGAGAAACGUCCAACGCUCAAUGGAGACAAGCUGGGUCGCAGAUCUCGACUCAGUGAGGAUGGUCCUCCUCCUGAAGUAUCGCUCGACGACAACUUACAUAUCAUUCCUGACUUGUUACGUAAACACUACUCCAGCAGUGCUCCAAGUGUAAGCGCACUGGAGGAGAUAUCGUGUUCAAUAGAAGGUCAUCAGGACCACUUUUCAUCUACCCCUCCAGAGAAGAGCGGCUAUGAUGCUAGCAUCGGUUCAACGUCCGUCAACCAAGAUUUGCAGGCUCAAAUCAUUCAGGAAGUUUUUGUACCACCUGGAUCCAAGUCGGAUGAUAUUUUCGAAAUGGAUCACGACGACAUUGGCCAUAAUGAUACAUCUUCCGGUCACCUACUGGGUGAUCACAGUUCGGAUGCUGAACAUCAUCAUGAACAUAGCGACCACGAGCAUGUUUUACGCAAACAUACACGGUUCGAGAGAUUCAUUUUGCUUGAAGAUUUAACUGCUGAGAUGCAGCGGCCGUGUGCUCUUGAUUUGAAAAUGGGCACGCGUCAGUAUGGUUUAGAAGCUACUGAUGCUAAGCAAGCAUCCCAACGCAAGAAAUGUGCUACGACAACUUCCAGGGAGCUAGGAGUCCGCGUUUGCGGCCUUCAAGUCUGGGAUAGAUGCAAAGAAAAGUACUUCAUGAGAGAUAAAUACUUUGGGCGUAAGCUUCACUCAGGCCUUCCAUUUGCUAAAACAUUAGCCAAGUUUCUUUAUGACGGUAUGUCUGCUUUCUCCAUUGUCUGCAAGAUUCCACACAUAAUCGAGCAGUUGGAAGCGUUGAUCGAUAUUUUCGGCAAUCUCUUGGGCUACAGGAUGUACGGGCUGUCCGUGCUUUUGAUGUAUGAUGGAGCAGGUUCUGAACACACGCAAGUCAAGGCUAAUAUCAUUGACUUUGCACAAAGUGUGCUUGGAGAUGAAACAUCAAUUCAGAGCUAUCGUAAGCCUCCUGGCCAUCCAAACAAGCCUGAUAUGGGCUACCUUCGUGGACUCAAGUCUAUCAGAAGAUAUCUUAAAGUGAUUUUCGAAAUCAUCACUGGUGAUGAAUAUGACGCGAUCACCAAGAGUAAUAAUAUUGACGAGUACCUCCAGAAGAACCACGAGAGAUUGAAUGAGCCAUACGAAUGGGUGGAAGAGUUUGCCGAAUCACAGGAAACAGCCGAUGCCAACGACACGUUUGACAUCCAUUACGACGACCACGCUGACGAUGACGAUAAUGUCUCGGAAUAA